AUGUCAAGUAAGCUCGUGGAGUCGACGAUCUCGCUCAAUUCAUCGACGAGUACGACCGAUGUUCAGGGGACGAUAGAAGUGAAGAGGGACGGUAUCUCAUCCAGGAUUCGGCGACACAAAGGCAAUGUGCCCUCGGUGCCCCAGACGAAGCUCUGCCCCAUAUGUCCUGCAAAGUUCACUCGUACAACUCAUUUGAGCCGUCACAUACGGACGCACACGAGGGAGAAACUGCACGAGUGCGAUAGAUGCCAUUCUCAGUUUACCAGGAGCGACCUCCUAACGAGGCACAAACGCAGUUGCAGCGAUCAGGGCCACGUCAAUCGUUCUCGACGAAGGUCAUGUCAAGCCUGCGCCGACUCCAAGGUGAAGUGCGAUCUGCAACAACCCUGUUCAAAAUGUAGAAACCGUAGUCGUGACUGCAUUUACGUGAACGGUGCCCCUGCUGCGUCGGGAUCUCGCGCAGUCAAACAACAAAUGCUAGAUAUAGGCGACCUCCUAGCCGGACCGCUUGCGAUGGCGGAUUCCUCGUUAUUGGUUGCAACGAGUCCCGGUUCUUCUGGCUCAUCAUCAGGUCAAGACGACUGUUUGCGGGCGUUCGCGAUGCAGGACGACCGGGAUGAUUUCUCGCUGGGACCCGCCUUCCCUUCCUUUGUUUCCACCGGCUCGGUCGACUUUAUGAUCGACAGCAGCUCCAUGUUCGCUCUAAUAGACCAACAAAUACUACCCCCGGAGAAUAUGUCCGGCGACCCUUUCGCGAGCGAGAUGUUUGACGGGCUCUUCGAUAAUAUCUUCAACUCGAGCCAUCAGAUGUUCCCUAGUUCUUAUAGUGAUAGGACCAGGAGUGACGAAUCGCUACCCGAACUUCAUCCAUAUAUUCCAUUCUCAACCAAUGUCGACAAAACACUGUUGCCCAGUCAUCUGUUUAACAAUCGAGAUAUAACAUCAAUUCAAAGUACGCCGGGAAAUAGCUACGGUGCCUCUCUAUCGUCGACAUCCAGUGUUUCUAACAGCCCAUCAUCUGCGGAUCUUCAGUCCUACCUCAAUCUCUUCUUCUCCGCAUAUCUGCCAAACAUGCCCAUCAUUCAUUCAGCUACCUUCAAGUUCGAGGGGAAAUCGCCGCUGCUGCUUGCAGCCAUGCAAGCGUGCGGCGCAUUGUAUGUCAAGACACGUGCUGCCGACCAAUUCAUCAGUUCGGUCCUUGCGAAAGCGAGAGACGAACUCAUCGUCGAGUUUGGAAAGGAGUCCGUCGAUUGGGAGCGUCAAAUUGAACUCAUCCUCGCUGUGGAUCUCUUACAAACUCUGGGUUUAUUCCACCAAACCUCGAAGCAACGUACGCUUUCAACUGUUUAUCAUGGAGUCUUAACAAUGAUGAUUCGUUUAAGUGAUUUCGGCGAACAGAUCUCGAAGUGGACAGCGCCGGAAACCAUAGAUCCAUCUGCACUCGAUCGACUUUGGCGCGAUUGGGCAGUUCGAGAAACUGCUAAGAGGGCUCUCACGUUCUCGUACUUGCACGAUGGCUGUCAUUGCUUGUAUUACGAUCUCCGUCCCACCUACGUGACAUCCGAGUUCGACAUCGACCUCCCUUGUGAGAACGCUCUAUGGGCGGCUACAACAGCAGAGGAGUGGCUUUCGAUCCUCCAAAAACCAUCGCCGUACGGAAAGAUCUCGGAGCGCCUUCGCGGUCCUUCUCUCCAGGGAACUUAUGCGCGGCUGGAGAAUGCGGGCGAUUCGCUCCACCCUGCACCCGUACUCUCCCCUUUUGCACAUUUCGUCGUCAUCCACGCGAUUCUGCGCCAGUUCUUCGAGGAAGACAUCGAGUCUCGAUUGUCAGGGGUCGCGACAGACGGCGACGCUUUCCUUGAGCAUGCCAACCGCAUCAGCGAAAAACGAUUAUGGGCGUUGCAGGCCACCCUGCACAACUGGCUCCAAAGCUGGUUGGGCUCGCCAGAUUCGCCGCCGUAUUCGGACGGGGUCCCGCGCUUCCUCGAACAGGCCUUGACGUACUACUGGAUUGCACAGAUUGCCAUCAUGGCAUACCGAGAGCGCCUGCCGCCGUUCUGCAGGAGGACAUACCUUAUGUCAGGGGAGGCCAAGUUCUGUCUGAUCAAGAAGUGGGAGAUGCACGUUCGCGAGUUCCUGCACAGCGGGGCUAAGGAGCCCACCUUAUUCUUGGAGGAGUUCGUCAAAGUGCGCCUCAAGAAGUUGUCGAGCGGCGUUCUGCAGGAGCCUGGUGUGGGAGAGUGGGCGGGCCUGCUGGGAUUCUUCUCGGAUACGUGA